GGGCGGAGGAUCAUAAAGAAUAGAGAGAGAGGAGAUCCGAAAUCGCGGCGGUGGGAAGGGGGUGUCUCCCUCCCUUGCAACUGCGGAGAUACUCCAGCUGCCUCCAUUGCAGCUUGCAACUGGGGGUGUCCCCCCUCCCAACACCAGGAGGCUGGAGAAAUCCCGGGCAAGGGGGCAGAGGCGGCCUUUAAUAAAGACCUCGAGCGAGACAAGGACUUUCUCAUUGUUUGAAUUGUUCGCAAUUGCUCCGCAGCCGCUGGGAGCCCGCAGGUCUGUUUGCUUCGGAACCGGAGACAUCAGGACCUGUUACCUGCAAGGAACAGGGUUGCUGCUGGAUCAUGGAGGAUGUGUGGCUGGUUGCAGAUCCUAAUCAGAAGCCAAUCUACAGGGAAACUCACCAAGAGCCUUGUGAAAGUCUGGUGGCGCUCACAGGAUCUUCAAAUUCUACAUCCAAUGAGAUUUUCCUUGUGGAAGAGGAAGAGUCUUGCAUCCCAGGGCCUGGAAAACAGGAGAACCUGAGAAGAGCUAAUUUAGCAGGUGAGGGACGGGGCAGUGAGGAAGAGGAGGAGAGUGAGGAGGAGGAUGUUCAACAGCGGGGCGGUCCUAAAGUGGUGCAGCUGGACACCAGCAUGGUCUCUGGGGAAUAUAAACGCCUCCACUGGAGGGUGGUGCAGCAGGUUGGCAGUGGCGGCAAGGUUUUGGCGGCGGAGGGGCCACCCAUCAUGGUUCUGCAGAAGGGAUACGAGUGUGAGGACUGCGGGAAGGUGUUCAGUUGCAGCUCGCACUACAGCAAGCACCGGCGCACACACACAGGGGAACGCCCCUUCCGUUGCGGCGAAUGCGGCAAGAGCUUCAACGUCAGCUCCAACCUGUACAGGCACCAGCGGGCCCAUGCCAAUGCAAACGCGGCACCAGUAACCCCCGCAGCUUCUCUGAUGCCCUCCCGUGGUUUGCCUUACCAGUGUGCCGACUGCGGCCAGUGCUUCCGCCGAAACACGGAGCUGGUGACUCACCAGCGGCUCCACACUGGACGCCUUCCUUUCCAAUGCAGUGACUGCGGCAAGAGCUUCUCGUGGAGUUCGCACUUUGCCCGGCACCUACGGAUCCACACUGGCGAGAAGCCUUACCCAUGCAAUGAAUGCGGCAAGCGCUUCAGCCGCAGCUCACAUCUCUACCGGCACCAGCGCACCCACGGCACCAAUGCCGCCACCAAUGUCACCCGUGCCUACAUCUGCACGUACUGUGGGCGCAGCUUCAGCACCACGCUGCACUUUGACCAGCACCAGCGGACCCACCGUGGACGCAAACCCUACAAGUGCACCCUGUGCGGCAAAGCCUUUGCCGAUGGGCUAGCUUUGGUGAAACAUCAGCGGUUGCACUUAAUGGGCGGAGACCAAAACCACGAGUGCUCGGAGUGUGGGCAAAGCUUUGGAGGGCGGUCACAGCUGGCUCGCCACCGUCGGCUCCAUGGCACGGCUGACAAGCCCUAUGGGUGUGGCGAGUGCGGGCAGAGCUUUGGGGCUCGAACCCAGCUAGCCCAGCACCGACGUCUGCACAUCUCUGCCGACAAGCCGUAUCACUGUGGGGAGUGUGGGCUGAGCUUCACCUGGAGCUCACAUUGGGAACGCCAUCGGCGCGAUUUCAUACUGGCAGAGCCGCCUGCACUCUCUGUGGGGACUGUGGCGUUAGCGCUUUGGGCUUAACCUUCACCUCUACCGCACGCCAGCUGCCAUCCCAUGCUGGCGGCCAGCCUCAUAUCUGCCCAGACUGUGGCAAGAGUUUCAACAGCACCUUGCACUUCCAGCGUCACCAGCACGCCCACCAUCUUGACUCUGACGGGGCUCAGCUGUCCACCCAUACCUGUGGGGACUGCGGCAAGCUGUGUGCAGAUGCGUCGGCCCUGCUCAAGCACCAGUGUGUGCACGCAGGUGACAGACCGUAUCCCUGCCCCCAAUGCGGACGCCGAUUCCGUGGCACCGCAUAUCUUUACCGGCACCUCCGUAGCCACGCCCGCCGGGUGGAAGAGACUAUGCUCAUACCAGCAUCUGCAAAGUGUGAGGAUAUAGUACCGUGCUAAGGAGUCAGAAAGACUGAAUCUAGUCCUAAAGGGCAUUAGGCCUCAUGUGAGGAACUCUGUCCCUAGCUGGCAGACAUUCAACACGCCUGUCAAGGAGAGUUCCCCUAAUAUACGUGCCCAGUCCAAAGCCCAUUGGGGGUUGCUCCUGUCCAAGUAUUUAUCUGGCCCAAGGUUUCAUUUAAGUGUCUUAGUCAUAAAGAAGGAAAAUGAUAUCCUGAUUUAGGUUGGCAAGGUUUCAGGUAUCACUGACCUUUUGAAUAGGUCCAUUUUGCCUGCUGUUAUGUCCCAUGAAAGACAGAAGCUUUCUCAUUCCUUU